AGGAGGAGGAGAGGAGGAGGAGGAGGAGGAGGAAGUCGGGGCUGAGCCGCUUCCUGUAGGCAGCGGGAUGAGCGCAGACAAAGCUGGGUGGGGACUCGCCGCUCGGGGCUGCUGCUGACCACCAUCCUCCUCCUCCUCCUGCUGCUGCUGCUGCUGCUGCUGCGGCCGCAUCCCUCCCGCCCUCCCUCCUCCAUCCCUUCCUCCAUCCCUCCCAGCGGCCGUCCCUCCGUCCGUCCGUCCGUCCGUCCAUCCCUCUGUCCGUCUGUCCGUCCCGCCGCCGCCCGCCCCGCGGGGACCGGGGGGCAUCGCUUCCAGGCGGUGAAGGGCCAAGAGGAGCAGAGCUUCCCUUAGAGGCACAGAUCACCGGAGAGAUCGGCUUCUGCCCGUCCCGGAGCCCUCCUGGCCCUGCCCAUGGCUAGCAACAACACUGCUAGCAUAGCACAGGCCCGCAAGCUGGUGGAGCAGCUGAAGAUGGAGGCCAACAUCGACAGGAUAAAGGUGUCCAAAGCAGCAGCAGACCUGAUGGCGUACUGCGAAGCCCACGCCAAGGAGGACCCUCUAUUGACCCCCGUCCCGGCCUCAGAAAACCCCUUUAGAGAGAAGAAGUUCUUCUGUGUGAUCCUGUAAACCCAGGAGGAGCCUGACGGGCACUCAGGCCACCCUGAACAUUGAUGUAGAGUUUUUAGGAAUGGGGACGACCUGCUGGUCUGCAGAAUUUAAACAAAAAUAAGUAAAAAACACGGCCUGGAAGCUACAGAGAUGUGCAUGUUUAAAGAACCUGGCCACCUUUGGGGGAAUCAGAUGAUCUGCAUUGCGAGGCAAAAGAUCUGAAGUCUGUAGAGUUGCCUAGAAAGAGAAAAACAAAACAAAACAAAAAAAAAAACCCAUGUAAAGAAUAAAUCUGUGUCACUUUUCUGCUCACAAAA